GGUAUUAACCUACAUCCCCUUUACAUCAUGUUUUAGGCACACCAGCAGAGAUGGUUCCCUACAGAGAUUCAGAGAUCACCAGAAAAGAAGAUACAAUUGCAGAUGCAUAUGAGAACCAGAGCACUCCCCACACUCAGUGGGCAGUUCGGUGGAUGGGCAUACGGAAGGAUGAUGAAUUCUUUCAUUUUGUCAUUCUUUGCUUUGCAAUUGGAGCUUUACUAGUUUGCUACUACUACCACCAAGAUUGGACUAUUUCUCUUGGAAUUGGUUUAAUCACAUUUGCUUCCCUGGAAACCACUGGGAUAUACUUCGGUCUAGUGUAUCGAAUUCGGAGCGUCCUCGACAGCUUUGUUCCCCUGAUUGACAAAUUCAGGCCAAGAGGUGUGAGGAAAGCUGCCUAGGAGGAGUGUUUCAGGCAAGUCCCACAAACCCUGAAUUCUCGGUACUAAAAGAGCUGCUUUAUGAGGUGAAUCUAAAAACUGAAUGGCCAAUGUCAAAUACUGAAACGUCAAACCACUGAAAAACAUCACUCCUUCCCCUCAAAAAUAAACCUGACACGGGUACAGGGCCCACUCUUGCUUCUGAAGAGGUUUGUGGCUCAGCAGAGCUCAAACACAAACCAACAUCUAGACUGUCAUUGCCUUAAUUCCAUUAAACAUGAACACAUUCUCCAUGUGA